UGCGGUGACCGUGACACGGAGGAGCGGCGACAUGACCCAUCGGAAGUCCAGCCAAUUCCAGAGCCUGAGAAUGCAGUCGGACCCUGAACAACCCUCCGAACUGCGGCGGGAAAUCAAGAGGGACCUUAGCUCAGCGGAUGAACUAGCCUCGCAUAUGGGAACAGGUGUGCGGUCCGAGUUCGGCACCGUGGUCGCGGUGGAAGAGGAAGAUCCUGCAGCCAACUUGUUCCCGCCUCCUCUGCCCCAGCCCCGGAUCUGCAUGUGGAAGUACCUGGACAUCCAUUCCAUGCACAGGCUGGAGAAGACGGCCAACACUGAGGAGAUGAGGGAGGUGCUGGCCAACCUGCUGGGGCUGGGAUGGCCUGAGCAGAGCCUUCAGGAUGCCAUCACCCUGGAUCUCUUCUCCCAUGCACUCAUCUUCUGCCGCCAGCAGGGCUUCUCGAUGGAGCAGACAUCAACGGCUUGUGCCCUGCUCCAAGAUCUUCACAAGGCCUGUGUUGCAACCCCCUUGGGCAAUGUGGAGGAAUGUUACCGCUACUUCACCAGUGUUCUUUUUUGCCAUGGAGUCAGGCGGCCCCCUUUCAGUAUCAACCUUUUUAAGGAGGAACAGCUGCUGGCCCUGGCUGAUUAUGUGGUCAACACCUACUUUCGCCACUUCAAGCUCUACAAAUACGUCUUUACUCCCCAGGUGCGGCUAGAUCUGUCUUUGACUUAUUUAGGGCUGCAGCCACCCAAGCUCUGUUCAGAGGAUGAGAGAGAGAAAGAAGGUAGUGAGGAGGUGGAGGACCAGGCAGUCACCCUACAGGAGGAGGAACCAGAAACGGUGGCUGAGCCACAGCAAGAGCCAAGCCAGGUCUCCCUCCUCCGAGCCUUCAUCAAGACCCAGCUGAACAAGGAGCUGGAGCUGCUGCAGCAGCUGGUGGAUGAGCGGCUCAAGGCCAGCGAGGAAAGGCUCAACAGCAAGCUGACCACACUAGAGCGGCCCUUCCAACUACCUCCGGGCAAAAACAAGAAUAAGACCAAGUGACUCCCCGUGUUUUCCCCAAUAAAGGCCUCGGCCAGAGUGGCCCCA